CCCCCCCCCUCCCUCCUCUGCCGCUUGUCCGCUGUCGCUGCCAUCGCCUCCAUGUCUUCUGCCGAGAGUCCCCCCGGCACGCCGUCUGCCAUUCCGGCCAGCGCCCCGGCCCUUACCACGGAUGCCCUGUCUGCCACCCUUGGCCCGGCGCCGAUUGUGGCCAGCUCGCAAACCACGGCCGAGCCCGUGUUCGCCGAUGCCAGCCUGGUCUCGGAUGCCGAUCGCUUUGAGUCGGAGCAGGCCCGCCUGAUCGAGCGUGCGGACGACAUGUUCCGCAAGAUCUCCCAGUACAUCAAUGCCGAGAUGUCCACUCUUGAGGGGGACUACUCCAACCUGGGGAGGAUGAACCUGACUGCGGCACAUGCGUACGCCGAAAUCGAGCGCAUGGUCCUCGGUCUGAACUCCAUGAUGUCCGAGCUCCAGAACAAGUACGAGCAUAAUAAGGUGUACUUCGCACAGAUCGAUGCCCUGGAAAAGAGUGUCGAGCGCCUGGAGACCGCCGCCCGCGAGCUGGACGCGUAUGCCCGCCGUCUUGAUCAAGCCUUCCGCGCCUUCGGCCGCGGCUGAGCAACUUCCGCUUGUUUUCUCUUUUUUGCGCGUCUGCCGAAAGCGACCAAGACAAUGGGGGGUAGCCCCCCCCCCCCGUUCCACUGCCCUCCUCCGCGGCCCCCCGCCAUCCUGGGCCCCGGUGGGAAAAUACACACAUCUUGCGUA